CAACAAAGUAUUUCUCUCUCACAGGUAUUUCUCUUCAGCAAUACAGAGUUCGAAGUUUCGCACGUGUUAUUAAUUAAAUUACUACAAAAUUACUAUUUUAAUGUGUAAAAAAUGGACGCUUACGAUAUAUUCAAGAAGUUGACCGUCGGUUUGACGUUCAAAAAGCGUGUUUUAGGUCUGAAAAGCAAUGAUCAGCCAAAAGCAAAAACGGUACCAAUAAAAAAAGAAGAAUUAUUAGACAGCAAAAAAGAAUUAGAAGAUGAUCUAGAGUCAAAUGCAGAUGAUGAUUUGAGUAUAAAAUCUGAAAUAUCAGAUGCUGAAGAGGAAACCCAAGAGUCUGACGAUGAGCUACAGAUAGUUGAGGGGAUAUCUGCUGGACAGAAAAGGAAAAAAAAGGAGAAGAAAGAAAAACCAGAGGAUUUAAAACAGAAACUAGAGCUUGAAGAGCAAAACCGUUUCCGCAAUGAGCAUGGCAUCAAAGUGGUUGGACGGCACGUUCCAGCCGCCCUGCAGAGCUUCUCAGACCUGGUGGAGCGCUACAAUGUGUCGCAAGCCCUAGUGGACACGGUCACACAGUGCGGCUACAGCGAACCCACGCCUAUACAGAGGCAAGCUCUUCCGUGCAUGCUGGAGGAUCGCCAAAUCUUCGCGUGCGCUCCCACCGGUUCGGGUAAAACCGCCGCAUUCCUGCUUCCAAUCCUGCACACACUGGGGGCCCCUUCGGGGGGCCCUCGGGCGCUCAUCCUGUGUCCCACGAGAGAGCUGGCGCAACAGAUACACCGCGAGGUGCUGCGGCUGAGUGCGGCCACGCAAUUAAGAUGCAGCGUCGUCAGGAGCGUCAAAGAGAGCAAAGUUAAAGAGAGAGAAGCCACUAUUAGGAAGAGCGACAUUGUCAUAAGCACUCCUAACCGUUUGUGCUACUUGCUCAACCAGGAUAGUGUCAAUAUCACAUUAGACAAAGUCCGCUGGCUAAUCAUCGACGAGGCGGACAAGCUCUUCGAAGGCUCAGCAGAACAGGCCUCCGACUUCCGCCAGCAACUGGACCAGAUUUUCACCGCGUGUGGCCACCAGCAGCGAAGAGUGGCCAUGUUCAGCGCCACGCACACGCCGCCGGUGGCCAAGUGGUGUCGUCAUAACAUGCGUGGCUUGCUCAACAUCACUGUGGGACAGAGGAACGCAGCUACAAACUUGGUGGAACAAGAGCUGCUUUACUGCGGCAACGAGAGCGGCAAACUAGUCGCGUUCAGGCAGCUAGUGCAAAAAGGCCUCAAGCCCCCUGUUUUAGUGUUCGUACAAAGUAAAGAGCGAGCGAAACAGUUGUUCAAGGAGUUGAUAUACGACGGUAUUAACGUGGAUGUUAUACAUGCGGACAGGACGCAAACGCAGCGAGACAACUCAGUGCGCAGCUUCCGCGUGGGUCGCACAUGGGUGCUGAUCUGCACCGAGCUGCUGGGCCGCGGGAUCGACUUCCGCGGGGUGCGCCUCGUCGUCAACUACGACUUCCCGCCCUCCGCCAUCGCAUACGUGCACAGGAUAGGACGCGCAGGCAGAGCAGGGCAGAAAGGGCGUGCCAUCACAUUCUUCACUCAAGAUGAUGUUGUCAACCUCAGAAGCAUCGCAUCCGUGAUGAAGCAGUCAGGCUGCGAGGUUCCAGAAUACAUGCUGAAGCUAAAACAAAACCCCAACAAGCGGAAGAAGCUGGUGAACAAAGCGCCGCAUCGCGACAAAAUCUCCACAAUACUCGAGAAGCCCAGCAAGAGAAAGCUGGAAAAUGAAAAAGAUGCUGAAAAAUCAGACACAGCCGCAGACACAGAUAAGAUUAAAAAUGGUUUCAAUAAAAAACAACGUAAAAUAGACAAAGAUAAUAGCUUCAAUAAGAACAAGGAAAAAGGGGAAAAAAAGUUUAACAAAAACAAACAAAAUAAAUUCGGAAAAAACAAAGAACGGAACGGAAAGAAACUAAACAAAAAUAAA